CGUCUGUAUCAAUGUUUUACUGUGUUUCUGUCCAGAUCCUCCUUCCAGCCUGCUCGUCUACACCAGAGACGACGUGGAGCUCGGAGAGAAGAACCAGCUGAUCUGUCAUGUGACUGGUUUCUAUCCUGCUCCUGUAAAGAUCUACUGGACCAAGAACGGAGAGAAGGUGACUGAAGGAACCAGCAUCAACGUUCCCUUCGCCAACAAAGACGGUUCCUUCAGACAGACGUCCAGACUGGAGUUCAUCCCACAGCAGGGAGACAUUUACAGCUGCACAGUCCAACAUCUGGCCCUGGACAGUCCUCUGACCCGGAUCUGGGAUGUGGAGACGACCCCCCCCAGUGUUGGACCUGCAGUGUUUUGUGGACUGGGUCUGACUGUGGGUUUGCUCGGUGUGGCUGCUGGAACCUUCUUCCUCAUCAAAGGAAACGAGUGCAGCUGAUUGGCUGGGGUUGAUGAUGUCAUCAGGAUGAAGUUUUAACUAUUAAGUCUGUUUAACAGCCUCUGUUUUUUGCUGCAAAUCAAAUUUUCUGUUAAACUGGUGAUAUAAAGUUUGUAUAUUUUCUAGACGUCAUGAAACUUGAAUUUAUUCUCAUGUUUCAAGUCUGUGUUCUUCAAUCAUCCAGAUGUGCACUGAAAGGUUUGUAGGUAAAUAAUUCCUCCUGUUGUUAAAGUGUUAAAUGUUCCCUCUCUGUGUUUUGAGCGAUUACAGAGACUUUUAAUCCUUUCAGAUUUGGUUUAAGUUCAGGCUUGUAAAAUGUGAUACUUUCAAAUUUAAACUUUGACGUUGAACAGACUCAGUUAUUAUUUUUUGUGGAACUUGUUAAAUCUUUCUUAACUAAAUAAAUGUAAAGAUAAAUGUUUUGUUAACCACAUAAUGAGGAACCAAUUAAUUUCAAUUCAAGUAUAAUUCAGUUAUCAUCUUUGAAAUGAAAUGUAUCAACUGAAUGUUUGCUGAACUUGUACUUCAUUAAUUUUCUUUCCACUAGAAUAAAAUACUUUCUGGCAGGAUUCAAGAUAUAA